UCACGGUCACUAAAAGGACGCACGAGAAGUAGUGAAUGGUCAUUAUAUUACAUAGGUACAAAGAGGAUUCAUUGUCAAGACUUGCGUCACCGCACAAGUGUCAAUAGAGCUGGUAUGAACAAUUGCAUUGUACGUUCCGGACUACGAUCAAGACUUAUAUAAACCGCCCGAAAGAGACACCCCUAACCUUCAACCCAUCCCGACAAUCAAACCAACUCUUCCACCAAAAACUCCUCACGAUUACAACCAUGAAGUCGUUUGCCGCUGUCCUAUCUCUCUGCCUCUGGCACAUAGCCAGCGCAACACCCGUCAUGCCGCCAAACUCAACAACCAUGUAUCCCCGAGAGCCGCUCCCCAGCAACCACCCCGUCGAGCCUCUCACCGGCCCCCGCGCCAUCGCGGAAAACAUCCUCGCGGCAGUCCACAAGGCGCGCGCCGCCGGGAGAUACGCCAACAACACCUCCUCCGCCGACGAAAAACGAACAGUCCACAACCACAACUACACCGCCCCAGGCGCCCACUUCUUCCCCACGCCGCGCGACGCCAGCCUCAAGUCCCACUGCAAGCAGAACAGCACCAGCUUCGUCGACACCACGGCCCCCGGGUCCCCGCCCACCGCGCACUGCGCCGCCCUCGUCGACCAGAUCUUGCGCGACAACGUCAACCAGACGUGCGUGACGUUCGGGUUCGCGCCGAAUAGCAACAACGACACGGCGCGCCACAGCAGCACGACUACGAACCUGAUCGCUUCGUCUGGGAAGUGCGCGUUCAGCGUGACGGUGGACACGGCCGCGGUGGCGAACACGUUUCUCGGGAUUGGAGACAUAGUGUUUGUGGUGCAGGAGUCUAUUCGCCGGUUUUCGAGGAGCUAUGGGAAUGGGACUGUGGAGGUUGGUGCUGAUGCUGAUGCUGAUGACUGUGGGGAUGGUAUUACGACUGCCCCGGUGAAUGGGACUGCUAAUGCUCGGGUUGGCGGUGCGGGGGCAUUUGAGUGCAGUGCGAAUGGUACAGAGCAUGGUAAUUUUGUGAAUUGGGCGCUGGUGCCUAUUUAAUGGUAUCUUUGAGGAUGGGAUAGGAAAGGGUCUAGUAUUAUGGCUACGGUAUAAGUUACUAACUAGGUCAUCUUUGCA